CACAUGGUAAAUUUCAAGUUGUUCAGUCGCUUUCUUAAAAUAAGGAUUUUAUUAUGUGGAUAACUUAUUCCUUAAUUUCUUUUUGCCUGUUGAAUAUUUCGGUCAACGGUCACAAUGACGCCGGGAGCGGGAGACAAAGGCGUUAUUUGCUUUUCACUCCAAAUACCCAAUGGGGCGUGUUCGCUACCGUGUCUGUCCCUUUACAAGCUGGAUCUCUCGUCAGCGUCGCUUGGUUUUUCGAAGCAAACUAUUACAACGUGGCAAAUGCGACGUAUUUCGAGCCAUUACUUGGUGAUAUUGAAUUUCAAAGUAAAAGAAACCAACGAAGUUCAAAAGCACCAGCAAACAUUUUGACUCGCUCUCGAGUGUACACUUCUAUUGAGUCUAUGCUUCAACAGCACGGCCAGGCGGGGCGGGCUUGCUUGCUCAGAGCUAUUUGCGAGGGUUCCACAUCGCAUUUCUGGCAUAACGGGGUACUCGGAGACGUGCUUCAACUUAUACUUACGCCGUCAGCAUCGAUCUCAGAAGACGAUAUAGAAGAUUGCUAUUAUGAAGCGGAAUAUUAUGGACUGGAAGACAAAUGCAGUCAAUACGCUCACGACUGCCCUUUCAGUCUUCUUGAUUUUAUUUCAAUAUAUUAA